AACCGCCACCCCACCCCCUCUCUCUCUCUCUCUACUCUACUCUACUCUACUCUCUCUCUCUCACCCCUAAUCGCCGGCGGCCCCUGGAGAUCCAAUCCGCUCGGGGAUGGCAUCGAGGGUCAUGGCGUCGUCUUCCGCCGCCAACUCCAGUCUCACGCGCCAGACCUCCGUCUGCUCUCUUCCGGUCGUCGAUCUCCAGGGAUCCGUAAUCGGAGGCGGGGAAGUCACCAAGGGCCUCGGCUCCAUGGGCAUGGAGGAGCUCUUCCGCAGCUUAUGCGCCGAGAACGCCGCCGCCCUGGAGGCGGAUGUGGGAGCCUCGGUGUCGCGACAGGGUAGCUUGGCGGCGCUCAAGAGCGUCGGCGGAAAGACGGUGGAGGAGGUAUGGAGGAAUAUCACCGCCAGCGGAAUGGUCGAUGGCCGCGGGGUAUCCAGGGCGGAGAUGACGUUGGAGGACUUCUUGGCGCGGGCCGGGGCCGUGGCGGAGGAGGACGUCGGGGUCCCGUUCGGUUCCAUCCAAGCGGACUGUGGGACGAAUCCGGUGAUGGGGGAAACUAUUUUUCCGCCGCCGCAAUUGCCUGCGGAUGAUUUGGUUGUCGGAUUUGUCAACGGAGCAGAGGGUGCUGCAAGUAGAAACCGAAGGAGGAAGAGGCCAUUGUUGGAUCCAGUGGACAGGGUUGCUAUGCAGCGGCAGAAGAGAAUGAUAAAGAAUAGGGAGUCUGCUGCAAGAUCAAGGGAGAGAAAACAGGCAUAUAUUGUCGAGCUUGAAUCUUUAGCAGCUAAACUGGAGGAGGAAAACGCACAGCUAUUAAGAUCUCGGGUAAUACCUUUCCAGAAAUUUUUGUCAAGGAUAAACAAGAAACUCAUUUCAUAGAUCUUUCUUUCUCAAUUGUGUUUCAAUUAAGUGAUUGUGAUCCAUCAAGAUAUUGAAUACUGAGUCAGCUAUCAAUUGCAGGAGCUGCAGCAAAGAAUGAGAAUUAAGCAGCUUCUGGAAAAUCCAGUACCAGUAACUCAGAAGAAAAGAGCACAUCGACCUCUCAGAAGAACACGCUCCUUGGAGUGGUAGCGAGGAGCGACCAUUUGUUCCCUGAGAUCUUUCUCGGUGCCUCGACUAUAGAAAUAUGAGUGAGGGACAGGAGAAUCUUGCAGCUCCAAAGUUGAACAAAAGGAUUUUAUCAUCAUUGUCCAAGAGAUCAGUGGCUGCACAUCCUUGGCAUGAUCUUGAAAUAGGUUCUGAGGCCCCUGCUGUCUUCAAUGUUGUUGUGGAGAUAACAAAAGGAAGUAAAGUGAAAUAUGAACUCGAUAAGAAGACGGGACUAAUUAAGGUUGAUCGUGUCUUGUACUCAUCAGUGGUCUACCCUCAUAACUAUGGUUUCAUUCCUCGUACACUUUGUGAAGACAGUGACCCAAUGGAUGUUUUGGUCCUCAUGCAGGAACCAGUUCUUCCUGGAAGUUUUUUACAAGCCAAAGCCAUUGGUCUUAUGCCCAUGAUUGAUCAGGGGGAGAAAGAUGAUAAAAUCAUUGCAGUUUGUGCUGACGAUCCCGAGUUCCGUCACUUAAAUGACCUUAGUGAGCUAUCUACUCAUCGCCUUGCAGAGAUUAGGCGCUUCUUUGAAGACUACAAGAAGAAUGAGAACAAAGAGGUAGCAGUCAAUGAUUUCUUGUCUGCAAACACUGCUCGAGAAGCCAUCCAAUACUCGAUGGAUCUUUAUGCUCAAUAUUUACUUCAGAUCUUGAGGCAGUAGACUCUCGCCACUGAAAGAAAUAAUUGCCAUACAGAUGAAUCAAAGGCAGAGAUUAUGUUACAGAUAAUAAGCAGUUAAGUUCUUGUUGUUCAAGCAAACUUCAACCGAGGAUUGCUCUUAAUUUUUACUUGUAUUUCGUUGAUCCUUAAUAAUGUGUUAUUAUUGUCGUCUAAGUUUCCGGCUCUGGUCUUCUUUAUUUUCAGUCAAUCUUCAUGCCCUUCUCAUUUCAGCUUUUAAUUAGCAUUUUUCAUUGGAAUAGUUUUGUAUAAAGAUAUAAGAUCAUGUAAUCUAUAACAAUGUAAAUAUAGCUGGAUGAUGAUUUAACCUUCCUUGA